UGUUAGGAAGUUCAUCGCAGCAGUCGCUCACAGAGUGUCAAUAGGUACACUGUCACCUCGAAUUCGAAUCCGCAUCAUACUUGAGAGUAAUAAAACCGGAAACAUUGAGGAUAUAAGUGUUAUGGAUCCUUCCGGUUCGUGUGGGCCUUACCUGGGGGUUAGGAAGAGCGCCAUAAGGUGUGUAGGGCACGCGACUGGUGGGAGGGUCUCCAUGCUCUGGUGAUUUCUGAACCACCCUGGUAUUACAGACCAUCGUUGUUGGUGUUCCGCAGCGAUACGGUCAAGAGCCCUCAAAAACUUCUACAUCCUUUUGUAAAGGAAACUUCAAAAUCGAGUGCGGAUGUAUGGAUAUUACAAAUUGUUGUUCCUAACUUUAUUAGUUCUGAAAAGUGAUUUAGUGACGUGUUAAUUAACUCUGUGACAAGGUGUGGAAGAAAUUGAUGAACCUGUGAGAGCAAAAGGGAUGAUAAGGAAAUCAUCAAGAAGGUUCAAAACUGCGUAUCUGGAGACGAAUUUUGGACUGAGGGCAAUUUUUCAAGGAAAGAUUAAUCAAGAAUACAAAAAUGAGUGGGUUUAAAAGAGGCCAGAGCAGGGUUUUCUGGAAUCAGAUGGCAACUCAGGAUUCAGGCAAUUCAAAUUUUGCUUAUCCCGAAAGUCCGCUAAGGAGUCCAAGACCUUCAAAUCUUCCGAAAACUCCCAGUACUCCAAAGACUCCAAACACUCCUUGGACUCAAAAUUUUCGUUUAGAAUCACCCUGUGCUGAAAAUUCGGGGAGUUUUAAUGAAGAAGACACGACAGAUGCUAGUAAUGUAACCGUCAUCAAAGUGGAACAUUGCAUUUUUAAUAGAAGUCAAGCUAACGGAAAAUUCGAAGGAGUGGGAAAUUCAUUUGAGGCAGAAAAAUCGGUAGAAAAUGCUGGGCAUGAGGAUAGAUCCUACAGUCCUGCAAGUCAAGGUCAUAGGAGUCAAGAUUCGGGGUUUUCCGACUCUGACAGUUCAGUCGAAGAGGGAACUCCCACCGGAAGGAGAAACAGGAUUAGAAACAGAGAGCGUUGUCACAGACGCCCCGGGAACCACAGACUCAGUUCUCUUUGGAGGGAGAACGAAGUCCCACCAAUUCCGGCACAUCAUUCCACCCCUAAGCGAUUGGUGCUCAGGUUCAAUGACCAAGCGUCGAGAUCCAGCAUAGAUUCCUCCUGGGAGUUACAAAAACUUGAAAGAGAGGAUGAUGCAGAUAUAUCGAAGUAUCCAUCAAUGGAUUCAUUGUCUCUUGGUGAUUUUCUCUAUGCUGCAGAACCACCAGAAGAUUCAGUACCUCCGACGUCGAGUUUCUGCUCCAGGUUAUUAUACGAAGCCAGUAAAUUGAAAUCAACUGAGGCUUCGAAUUUUAAUCAGUUUGCGCCCGUGAGAGCCUGGUUGGAUAAUUUGUCUGUGGAGACGGACACAGAAUGUGGAGUGACACUUCAGAGCAAAGUUCUGCCGAAGAGAAAACUUCAAGAUUCCAAAAAUGAGGAUUUGCAAACGAGGGAUUUGAAAAUAAUGACUGCUUCUGCAACCACUGCUGCGACGAAAUUAUUGAUGAGAGCUGAGCGAUUCGAUCAACACUAUCAAAAUGUCUUUGAGAAAAUAGCGCAUUUGGCGAGUGGCAGGUCAGAAAUGGAACUUUUGCAAUCGAUAGAAGAAGAUGCAUUUUCUAUACUUUCUGAUUUUGGAGCCCCACCACCUCGUAGAAUUCAUCAAGGAAGCCUUAGAAGUAUCAUUGCUCAAUUGGAGAAUUUGAAAAGUGUAGUCGAUGGCGCUUUGAAUACGAGAUUGGACUUUUAUGUUGAAAAAGUAGUCCGAGGUCUCGAAGAAGCUCCGACAGAAGGUGGAAGUGUAGCCCGAGGAGCUUUAGCAGCUUUAACAGCUCUGGGAAUGUCCGGACCUAGAGCUGGAAGCAGCAUAGCUCGUUCUUAUGGAGUCAGAUCUCUUCUAACUUCCCUAAUUUCUGCGGGUCGUCUCUCUAGCGAUCUGAGAUCAGCUACUCUGCGAGCCUUAGCCAGCGUCUGUUGCUGUUCUGAAGCCAUAGAAAAAUUCGCACUUGACGAUGGUCCCGAAAUUUUAUUAGAUCUUCUCGCAACAGAAUCACGUCCGGAGACUGAAAAAAUGGAAGCUGCUGCUUUGGUUGUCCAAAUUACUGCGCCAUGGACGAAUACCUUGGGGCUUCCACAUCUUGAACGUUUUGCUGAUACUCUCGUGGAAGCUUUGACAAAACUGGCCGAAGAAACUACCUGUGGACAAACUCUUUUAUUAGCAGCUGCAGCUCUUAACCAUCUUUCGAAAUCUAGGAAAUGUGUGAGAGCGAUUUUGAGGAAGGAUUCCAUUAGGAAACUUCUAGAGUGCGUUAAAAAGGCUCCAGGAGGAAAUGUCUGGCUUAUGGAACAGGUGGCGUCUCUGAUCGGAGAGGUCGCUCGUGUUCCAGAGGCUCGUUCCUACCUAGCGGAUGCUCGAGCAUCCGUCGCGCUGGUCUGUUUUCUCAGGAUGAGACCCCCAGGUCUCGAGGAUGCUUACCAAAGAUUGGAAGCAACUGCGGCAGCUGCUCUAACGAGGCUCUGUGUCGAUCCUGAAAUCGCCAGACAGGUGGUCGCAGUCGGUGGAACAGAUUGCCUUCCUUCUUAUAAAAUCGAUGAACUUCCUUAUGAAGAUGAAGAUCAGGAGGCUUGUCUUCUUAAAUAUACAAGAUCACUCCGAUUGGCUUGUCGCAAAGCUGCGCAGCAGAUCGACGUCGCCAAAUCUUGCGAUUACACCCUGGGAUAAAAACGCUCAAAACUGACUUCCUUUUAUUACAAAAAAUAUAAUUUUGUUGCAAAUACUUCAUUAAUUAAGGAAUAAUUAAAAUUAUUUGCCUUUAUUAACUUUAUUUAAUUAGAAUUAAAGCGUUUAAUUAAAUCUCUAUUAACUUAACGAAUAUUAUCUGAAGACUGGAUUCUUUGAUAUUUUAUGAAAAAUUGUAGACUUUAUUCGUACUUGUAUGUAGAUUGUACAAAUUGUAUAUGAGGUGGAGUUAUUCCAUGGCAUAGUGAGAUUAAAAAACUGUACUUAAUGCUUUAUACAUAAUAAGUAUAUAAAUAUUAUAUUCUAACAA